CCCCACCAAACCUGCCAGACAGCAAGCCCUCCCUUGCUUUUUAUUAGUCACUAGCAUAUUCGCCCACCCUUCCCUACCAUGGGAAAGCAACAAACGUCGUGGCAGGUGUACUAAAAAAACUUAAUAAAAGUGUACGGCGCACGACCCGCCAGAUAUCAGUCUGUCGCGAGCCUGCACAGAAGCAGCAGCAGCAACGCCAAACGUUUGGUGAAGCAGUGAGCGCCAAAGAGCAAACACGCCGUGAUCAACAACACAAUAGACGAAACGACACCGAAGGGUGCACACGAUCGCGAAGUGUAAAUUUGCGCCACCGACUCUCUGUCAGUUUAGUGAACAACGGUGUACGAGCAUAACAGGGGGUGAAAGCAAACAAAACAAAAGAGUGUCUGCAAAUGGGAUGUUUGCCUUGUGCAAUGGAGUCAGUGUAAAAACCACGACAAACCACCACAAUUAUUGAUAUUAUACAAUUCCAUUUGAUGAAACUGAUCGUACCCGUGCUGUCGGACACGUGUGUGUGAACUGUGCAUGAUGAAACGCGCCGGGCCGUAUCUAGUGACCCUGUGGCUGCUGUGGUUAGGAGGUGGUGCGAGUACUGCCCACCAAGAGCGACCCAACAUUGUAAUCAUUGUUGCCGAUGAUUUGGGUUGGAAUGAUGUCAGCUUCCACGGAUCGAACCAAAUCCCGACGCCCAACAUCGAUGCGCUCGCGUACGACGGCAUCAUACUGAACCGCCACUACGUGCCGCCGCUCUGCACCCCAUCGCGGGCCUCCCUAAUGACCGGCAAGCAUCCGAUGAACAUCGGCAUGCAGGAUCACGUCAUCAUCUCGGACGAACCGUGGGGUCUGGGGCUGGACCAGAAGCUAAUGCCCCAGUACUUCCGCGAGGCCGGUUACCGAACGCAUCUGGUCGGCAAGUGGCAUCUUGGGUUUUUCCGGCGCGCGUACACACCGACCUACCGGGGCUUCGACUCGCACUUUGGUUAUCUCGGCCCGUACAUCGACUAUUGGGACCACAGCUUGCAGAUGAACGAGACAUCUGCCCGCGGUUUGGACAUGCGACGCAACACCGCCGUCAACUACGACGCGAACGGAACGUAUGCGACCGAUCUGUUCAACGACGAAGCCGUCCGUCUAAUCGAUUCCCACAACAGAAGCAAACCCCUGUUCCUGGUGCUCACGCAUCUUGCCCCGCACACCGGCAACGAGGACGAUCCGCUGCAGGCGCCAGCAGAUGAGAUUGCCAAAUUCGACUACAUUCAGGAUCCGAAGCGUCGCACGCUGGCAGCCAUGGUAUCGCGAAUUGACACGGGCGUUGGGCGGAUCUAUCGCAGCUUGGAGAGGCGCCGCAUGCUCAACAACACCAUCAUACUGUUUUACGCCGAUAAUGGUGCACCGACGCUGGGAAUUCAUGCCAAUUCCGGCUCCAACUAUCCACUGCGUGGGCAAAAAGAAUCCCCCUGGGAAGGAGCCGUUCGCGGUGCCGCACUGAUUUGGAGCCGUCUUCUCCCGCGGAAGGGCGUCGUGUCGAAUCAAUGGCUACACGUGAGCGAUUGGUUGCCGACACUCGGCCAUGUAGCGGGCCUUAGAAUCCCACCCAACAAUAGUCCCAUCGAUGGCCAAAAUCAAUGGUCAACACUAACCUCCUCGUCUAGCGGUGGCCGUACGGUUGUGAUGAAUAACGCUCACAAUGAGUUUACCUACAGCAGCUACAUUAAGCGCGGCUGGAAGUAUGUCAACGGAACGUCGUUUAAAGGUGCUUACGAUCGGUGGUUAGGGCAACUGAAGGACGGUGAGCAGAUAUCGCACGAAGACUAUUACAAACGGCUGAUCGCUUCACAGAGCAUUGGUUCAUCGAUGCAGCUCACCAGGGACGACGUUAAACGGCUUCGUUCCAAAGCGAUGGUAGAAUGUUCAAGCGCCCAAGGAACUGUUUGUGAGCCGCUCAAGCGUCCCUGCCUGUUUAACAUAGUUGAAGAUCCCUGCGAGCGUAACAAUCAAGCCAAUGCCUAUCCAUACAUUUUGCGGGAGCUUGAAACUGAUGUAAAUAGCUAUAGGAAGCGCAGCGUUCCAUCGCGCCAGCAACCGUCGGACAGUAGGGCCGAUCCGGCACGACACAACGGCACCUGGACGUGGUGGCUGGAGGGAGUGGGCACACAAUCGCCGACCCAUAAUUUGCAGCAGCUUUUCAGCACUUUUCAGAGCUUUAUGGAAUAUUUUAUGGCACUGUUUGCUAAGGUUGAAGCUAAACUGCUAGCUAAGGUACAUGGUGGUAAGAUCUAAAGGAGCAAAGAAUAGCCAAUGUGUUGCGAAAAAUGAUUGGAUAAGGGGGAAAUUAAAUGAGUAAUGCAAAUGGAAAAAAAGACUUGAACGUAGCAUGACGGUAUCAUAAAGUGGAAUGAAAUGGGUAUCGAUCGCAUUUAAACAAACAAAAGAGAAAACAAAUAAUUCAAUAAAAAAUAACUGCAAACUGUUAGGAAACAUGAUAUAAAAAAUUAAUAAACAAAACUUCAUCUUUGUGAUACUAAAAUAAUACUAAAUAAAUAAAUAAACAGCAUACUUCUAACACUUUGCCUUGUGAUUAAUCAUCAAUAAUGUUUUUGUGAAACAUAUCAAUGUUAUGAAAUAAAUAACUCUACUAACGAUGAAAAAGAAAUGCUUGAUUUUGAUGUUUGUUAACAUAAAUUAUAAGAUCACGAUCAACAUCACUAAAAGAACCCUCAAAACUGUAACUAUGCACCAACGGGCUAGACUUCAACAAGAAUGUUAUGAAUGUUGUGUCUAUAACAUCCAAAUGAUCCUUGUGUAAUAAUUCUCAAUAGAUACAA